AGACGGGCCCGCCGCACCCCUGCGCCCCGCGGGACGGGCUCGAGCACGGGCAGCGCUCACUGCUGGCCCUGUCCUGUCUCCUCAUCCUUCCCAGCAAGGUACUUUGACACGAAGACGACGGAGCCCAUCAGCUUCUUCUUGUCCGGCCUGGAGGAGCUGCUGUCCUGGCAGCCCAACAGCAACGAUGAGUUCAACGUGUCGGCCGUGCCUCUGGCCAAGCGGCAGCCCCCACUGUCCAGCAGGAGGCCCCGGACACUGGUGUGCCACGACAUGCGCGGCGGGUACUUGGAGGACAGGUUCAUCCAGGGCUCAGCCACACGCAACCCCUAUGUCUUCUACCACUGGCGCUACAUCGACAUCUUUGUGUACUUCAGCCACCACACUGUCACCAUCCCGCCCGUGGUCUGGACCAACGCGGCGCACCGGAACAGCGUCCCCGUGCUGGGCACAUUCAUCACGGAGUGGACAGACGGGGAGAAGCUGUGUGAGGCGUUCCUGGCCGGCGGGGAGGAGGCGUACGGCGCCGUGGCCGAGCAGCUGGCCCGCAUCGCCCAGCACUUCUGCUUCGACGGCUGGCUGGUCAACAUAGAGAACACGCUGAGCGCGGCAGCGGUGGGGAACCUGCCCUUCUUCCUGCGGGAGCUGACGGCACGGGUGCACAGCGCCGUGCCGGGAGGACUGGUGAUCUGGUACGACAGCGUCCUGAAGGAUGGCACACUGAAGUGGCAGAACGAGCUGAACGAUCAGAAUAGGAUAUUCUUUGAUGCAUGUGACGGGCUGUUCACCAACUACAACUGGAAGGAGGAGCAGCUGGAGCGCACGCAGAGGCUGGCUGGCCCACGCCAAGACGACAUCUAUGUCGGUGUUGAUGUCUUUGCCCGUGGGGAUGUGAUUGGUGGUGGCUUCGACACUGACAAGUCCCUGCGCCUGAUCCGCCAGUACGGCCUCUCUGCAGCCAUCUUCGCUCCCGGCUGGGUCUAUGAGCACCUGGGCAAGGAAAACUUCCUGCAGAACGAGAACAGGUUCUGGGGCUUGCUGGCCGAGUACCUGCCCACACACAGCGUUUGUACUCUGCCCCUCACCACCUCCUUCAGCCUGGGCAUGGGCACCAGCACAUUCCUGGAUGGGAAGGAUGAAGAGUCUGGGCCCUGGUACGACCUGAGCGCGCAGGACAUCCAGCCACUGUACCCGGAGCAGCAGGGCACGCUGAGCACCAGCUGCUGCCUGCAGGAUGCCUGGUGUGGGGGCAGCUCCCUGCAGCUGCAGGGGACCAUUCCUCCCGGAGAGGAGCGCGUGGCUGUCCGCCUCUUCUCUUUGCAGAUGCCGGCCCCCCCCAAGCUCUUCCUGACUCUGCUCUACAAGCUGGAGGGGCCACAGCCCGAUGACAUCACAGUGGCACUGGAGGUCACCACCUGGGACUCAGGGAUCUGCUUCGAGGGAAACCCCACCUCCCUGCCUGAGCCCAACGGCCGGCACCACCCCCGGUUCCUGCCGGCACCGCCGCCCAGCCUCGCCAAGCUGCUCGCUGCCUGCCUCCGUGGUUCCCAUGGCUGGACCAGCCGGUGCUAUGAGCUGGAGCUGCAGGACUGCAGCCUA